AUGUUAUUUUUGUGCAUCUGAAACGGUGCUUAUUUCUUUAGAGAUUUUUAAUGUAUUGUCCUUGGCUUUGACUAGAUGGUUUCCUGUCGAUAGCUAAUAUUCUCUGAAAUUAUGUUCGAUUUUAAUUUUUUCGUAGUGUGUUUUUGAAUAUCCUGUUGUUUCUGUGACUUGAUCAAUUAUUUGUGUGUGAUUGUUGCUUUGGUUUUAUACCUCUUCAAUGGGCUUUUGUGCAAGAGGCUAAUUUACCAUCCUUUGUUUGAAGCUCUUUUAUUGCGAAGGGAAUGCUGAAUUUGAACAUUACUCUGUCGGUGUGAACAUUAGAGUUUCUAAAGGGUUGAUGCUGUUGGAUGCUUUUGAUUUCGAUAGAAUUUUUUUGUGAUGUGUCACUCAAGUCCAUAUUUCAUAGCUGCUGUUGGAAAAGUGUAAUCCUAGUGUAAUAUACUAUAUUUUGACUUGUUUGCAGAUAAUUUCAUUUCUCCUUUCCAGAUUUUCUCAACUGUUAAUAGAAAUGUAUGCUGCAGAAAUGUCACUACUGACAAAUAGCGAGUAGCAGAAAUUGAAAAAAAAUACAAGAAAGGAAAGGAUAAGAUUCCAAUAGGAAUGGGUAGAGCCGAUAGAAUUCUUUAAUCAAUGGAGAUUAUGAAUUAAGACCCACAAAGCUGUUGGAUUACUUGGGCAACCGAAGUGAAAUCCGAAAUGUGUUACUCUAAUUCACAAGACCCUUGUGACAGGAGAGUUGUUUAUAGGCACUCCUAAGUUCCCUACAGUCCACUCAUAGUGGGUGUACUGCUUUCCCCACGAUUGGCUCCAAAGAUUGGCAGAGGCAUCGGUGAUAUACUAGGAUACAGCAGAAGAAUGCAGAAGACAAUGCCUUUUUUUUCCUCCUUUUAAUCUUCUUUCCCUUGUAGGAAUUUAGCAUUUUUCUUGAACAACAUAUGGAGGGAACCUACUAGUUUAGACUACAAAUCUCAAGUCCCUGUGCCCAAGAAAUGGGAAUAGAUGAAGGAAAGAAAACAACAAUCUGCACCUCUUUAGAAUAGAGAAAAGAAAAUAAUCAAUACCAUUGUCUGGUUCCUGCCAACUUCCAUCUAAAUUUAAAAUUUUUGAACGUCACCUUCUAUUUCUUCUUCCUAGUGAAUAGAUUUUCUUAAUAUCACCUUGGUGUUUUAAUACCCUCAAAAGUACUACUUUGCUCCUUCCACCUGCACUAUGCUAGGCUUGGGGGUAUCGCAUUUCAUACUUUCCUCAUUCAACAUUAAUGCCAUACCAACUGGAUAUAACGUAUCUCAUGGAAUGGGUCAGUAUUCAAAUCACACCAAAGGAUGAAAAUUCUAUUUUGGGAGUCUUGCAGAUGAGAAAUGCACAGAGAUAGGGUUUACUGCUCUCACCAUCCCUACAAUAUAAAACACCAAUUUGGGAUUAGUUCUCCUUCCUAGUACAAAUCAGUUGUUAGAAUCGCACCAUACAUUACUAUGCACAUAAAAAACACAAUCUUUGUGUAUCCCAAAGAUCAAAUAGUUGGAAAAUCUGCCUAAAUAAUGUUUUCCAAUUCCAUAAAUGAAGAACAAGAAAAUUUUUUAAUACAAAAAUAACUUCAUGAAAUUGCAUCAUAUGUGCUCCUACUAAUAUCCACUCUUUAUAUGAGGUCUAUAGAAGAGAGGAAUUCCUCAACUUAUCUUGAAAACAUCUGAGAAGUUUAUAGCUGAUGUUUCAUCCUUUCCUCCUAAAUGAUAGAUAUUCAAUCUUAUCUCUGUUUACUACCUCUCACUGAACAAAUUUUCCUCUACUUAUCUUGAAAACAUCUGAGAAGUUUAUGGCUGAUAUUUCAUCCUUUCCUCCUAAAUGAUAGAUAUUCCAUCUUAUCUCUGUUUACUACCUCUCACUGAACAAAUUUUCCUUUUGGAAUCUUGUAUCCAGCUCUGCCCACAUACUUAGAAGUGAACACUUGGACUACACUCUUAAAUAGAUAUUGGGCAGCUCCAUCCAAUAUCUCUUGAUCCUUUUCCACAACUCAUACCACAUGAGACCCUAAGUUUCUGAGUACACCAUCAAUCCUCUUCCUCCCCAUGCUUGUUAAGGUGCUUCUGGUCAAAAUAAGUCCACUUGUGAUAAAGGUUUACUCCUUCCCAUUAAACAAAUGGUUGUUGUUAAUUUUUUGUUGACAUGUGAACAAAGAUUAUAUGGUACAUGAUCAUUGUGACUGUAAGCUAGCAUAUGGAUGCACUCUCAUGAAUCACUAAUUAGUGGCUUCUUCUAUUGACAUGUUGCCCUCUGCUACUACUAAUUGCUAUUGCUUCAGCUACUCUAUUAGACACUUACUAGAUUAAAUGCGAAGUAUUACUAGGUGGCACCUUCAAUAAUGGUGUUGCAGUUUCCCGGUGUCCCUUACUGGGAUUUCUCCUUAGAGCCUAUCAGCUACCACCUUCCUGUCACAUAUGCUCUGUUUCUACACAAUAUGCUGCUAUUUAUCAUUGCCAUCACUACUUCUACUGACAGCAUGGGGAUUCAUACACUUAUAGCUCUUUGAUAGUGCAAAGCUCAGCCACUUACCACUUCCCCACUAGUGUUCAACUACAGUGCCAGCACACUUAAAUGAAUUAUUGGAGCACACGAUGUUCCAUCACUAUGUGGUUUUUGUAGUCUAGUCUUUUGGUACCUCUUCUCUUGCUUGAUUACGGUGCCAACAUAAGAGUACUAAUUACUUCUUGCAUGGAAAUCUGCUUAUGGCAGAUGCCUACUUUACCAUGGUAGAUGCUAGCACUUUUGGCUUGAUUCCUGCUUGUAUUGCACAUCCAAAAGAGUGGAAGGGAGCCAGUGGCAGAUGUCUAAAAUAGAGGAUGUGUGUUUGUAGUAGAUGUGCACAAGGGGAAGAUGCCCGCCCUUGUCAAAUGCUGAGCCGACACCCAACUGUGAAGUGGGCCCAGAGAUCUGACAAGCUCUACCUCACUGUUGAGUUACCUGAUGCUAAAGAUGUAAAGCUCAAGCUUGAACCUGAAGGGAGAUUCAUGUUCUCUGCCACCAAAGAUGAUGUACCUUAUGAAGUUGAUAUCGAACUGUUUGAUAAGAUCAAAGUUGAGGAUAGCAAGUGUAAUGUUGGAGUCAGAAGCAUCGUCUAUGUCAUUGCAAAAGCAGAGAAGAAAUGGUGGGCUAGGCUAAUUAAGAACGAAGGAAAACCACCUGUGUUCCUUAAAGUUGACUGGGACAAAUGGGUUGAUGAAGAGGAUGAAAAUGAGAAAGUUGGCAUGGAUUUUGAUGACAUGGACUUUUCGAAAUUAGAUAUGGGUGAGGAUGACUUUGAUAUGGAUGAGUCAAAGGAUGAGGAAGAAGGGUUCGAAGCAAAAGAGGAGGAAGGCAAAGGAAAAGAAAAGCAGGUUGCAGCAUUGGCUGAGGAGGCUAAAGCUUAAGUGCUUGAGGCAAGAGCUCUCUUUUCAAGACAUGGCAUGAGGAAUCUUCAACUUUCUGAAUUCAAGACUCUCAUUUCCACAUGUUUAAGAUACUUUGAAAUUCGCCCUUCAAUCAUGAAAAGGACUUUUUGCAAGGAGAAAAGGCUUCAAAUAGAAAACCUUGGAAAAAUCUUAUUGCUUGUGCUCUCUUUAUACUCUUAUGUCUUUUAUAUCUUCUCUACUAACUGUACGUCAAGGCCAUUGUAAGUAAAUCAAGUUGUUUUAAAUAUUUUGGUUCUGUUUUUGUUAUU